AGUUUUACUCAAUAUUUCGUCUAAGAUGAGGGAUGUUAAGGGAUACAUAAGCAGAAAACAAAGCGAAGGCGGAGCUAUGGCACCAGAUUGGGCCCAUCUCGGUGAAUUGUAUGAGAAGAAGUAAGUUUGAUCGCUUCUGAGUUGUAUAAAAGGAUGUGCAUAGUCAUUGAUCGAGUUUCCGUCUUUCAGACUCAAGCUUAGUGUAAAGUUGUUCUUGGUUAUGGUAUCGAAGAAUUAAUCCCAAUUCUAUAGAAAUUUUCAGUGAUUCAUGGGUACUAAUGCUGGCUUUUGGAUUUCUUUGCUCUAGAGAUACUAAUUGGUCUUUUUCUAAAUGACAGAAAUGUCCCUGUACUGUGCACAUGUUAAUUGAUAUGUAAUCUGAUUGUUAAGGUACAACAAAAGCGUCAAACCCAAUGCUUAAAAUACUGAAAUUAUACUUUAUUAUUGAUAAUCAUACCUCCAUGAAUAUAGUACAAAACGAUUAGUGUUGUGUUUUCUUUAUUAAUACGCUUGAUUUUGGUGAUAGGAAUAGUCUUUGCAGAAUAUUUACUAUAAACUGUAAAUAACGAAUUAUAGGACUUAAUGCGAUUUAUUUUAUGACUCUUUAGGUUAUGGCAUCAACUGACUUUGAGACUUACUGAGUUUGUCAAGAGUGACUACUUUAACAAAUACGGAGGGCUUGUAGAGGUAAAGCACUAUAAUUGCUCAGUGUCUUCACAGUUGGACACAGCUGAAGUGCUGAAGAUUGGUGCUAUACAUGUACAAUGUAAUAUGCCUUCAGACCCACUUACCUAACAAGAGCAAAGUAUGCAAGUAGAUGCAUGUAUUUGGAUUUAUUCAUUUAUUAUAGUUGUUAAAAAAACAAAGAACUAAAAUUAUGUCAGUUAAUUUUAAUGUUGAAAAAUUGGUACCUGUUAACCGUUUAACUUCCAGAAGUGAUAAACAUUUAACUUCUCCAUAUACUAUUCAUACAAUGUCCAGCAAACAGGUAAUGAGAGUACUCAAUGCUCAUCAGGUAGAAGUUGUAUCUUGAUCUAACAUCAAAUUCUUGUGACUUAGUUACAAGGAAAUGUGUAGCAGCGAGAGGGGAGAAUUAACAAUAAGAUUUUGGGAGUUUAAGGGCUAAUACUAUGUGUUAGUUGCUGUGUAUUGACCUCAAGUUCUCUUUUCUAGUUGUAUGAAAAUUUCCUAGCAGACUUUGAACACAGGUAUGACAUACAGUAUGUGUAAUAGAACUAUACAUUAAAAAACAGCUGUCACUAAACAAUACAUUUUAAAGGCUUCUACCACCCUGUAAUAUGAAAAUGAUUUUGUCUAUGAUGCUUUCAGGACAGAUCCCAAAUAACUCCAACAUUAGAUUGAAAAAAAAAAAGCAGAAGAAUUAAUGUAAUGAUUCUUGUUCAGUGUAGUCAUCAUUGCUACUACAUAGACCAGACUUUGAAAAUUGUUGUCUUAUGUGGUCUAGUUCUGACAAGUGAACACUUGAUUAUAAUGUGAAAAGUCUAAACCUUACAGCUUCUAUGUUUUUGAUUACAGAAUAAACAUGCUUUCACUCAUGGAAAUUGUGCUAUAUGUGAUAAAGGAAAUAAAAGGUAGGUUGUAAAGCAGUUGUACCUCUGUCUCCUUCUGUCAAAUUCAUAAGUUUGAGAGUGAAGAGGCCACAAUACACACAUAAUUCUAUUUUUAUGUAGAGGGUAUCUUUUUUUUUUUUGGCAGAACCAGAAACUGCUAUAGAGUUUCUAGAGAGGGAAAAAGAAAAGGUUUGUGUGCAUGUACUUUUGUGCUUCUUCUUUGGUUUUUAUUUGCCAAAGUGCUUGAUACAGUUGAAUUUUAGUUGAAUUUCAACCAAUUUGUAAAAAAAAGGAUGUCUUCAAUCCCUUUUUCUUGUAUUGUAUUUUGUGCUUUGUUGUUUUCCAUGUACAAGAUAAUAUAUAAAUACAUAAAAUGCAAUUGUUAGUCACCUUUGCACCAUUGUAAAAGUGAAUACAUUUUAGAGGAAAGGUUAAUUUUGUUUUUUAUUUUCAGAUAAAAAAUGAUGUAGAGGCAGAGGUUCUUUGUAUGACAGCAAUUGGAAACAUUAAGCUUCAACAGAACAAAAUGGAAGAAACAAAGGUACUUCAUAUAAAUUCUUCAUUAAUAAUAACAGUGUACAUAUCAUCAUAACCUAGUCCCUAAGAUUUCAAAGACAGCUGUUAACAUGUGUUUAUUUUUCAAGGCCUUAAUUGAACAAGCCAGAGGGAUGCUUGAAACUAUUGAUGGUGUUACUACAGUCCAUGGCAGAUUUUAUGAACUCUGCAGCAACUACCACAAAGUGAGUGAGAUGAGUUAAAAUCAAUUGCUAGGUAACAUUGAAUCCUUACUCCUUAAGCUGCACAGGGGCUGUAAUAAUGGCAUUUAUGGCUUACCACAGUUAAAGAAUGAACUUAAUUCUGUUUAUCUCCUCUUUUUGAAUGGUAUUAUUAUUAUUUGAAAAGUUAGGGGUAUGAAAAUUGAAUAAGAACCAAUCACUGUGCUUUUUGUAAUUUUGAUAAUAAUGCUUCAAAUGAAGCAAAAAUAUCACCAUUGUACAUUUUGGUAUGGACAUUUCUCAAUCAUCUCUCUCUUGUCAUCCCUCAUGCACACCUCUGGAGCCUUUCCAGGAAGUUUGACAUUAGUUCAAACAGUCUACUACAUUUUUUUUUUUACUUGAGUGGUACUUACUUAUGAUGUUUGAACUAUUUACUUAGAUUACUGGUUCAUAUAAUGACUACUACAGAGAUGCACUGCGCUUCUUGGGAUGUGUGGAAGUUAGUGCCAUGAAAAGUAUGUUUUAAAUUUCUCAGAUGUGUGCAAAGUACAUCUUUUGUAGAAUCUGAUACAUUGUACAGUGUAAUGAUUUUGUACAAAUGAUGUGUUUCUGUUUAUAGGAACGUAAACUCUUGUCUCAUGAGAUAGUCACUUAGUAGUAGUUAGUUAGAUAUUUAUUUUUAUUAUUUGAUUAACAUUUUUUACAUGGCCCCAUUAAGCUAUAUUAGCUUUAAAACCCACCAUGUUUAAAUAAAAGAUGUUGUUGUUGUUGUUGUUGUCACUAUUACAUGUAUUUGUUGAUUGUGAUGGUCACACAAUAGGGUGGAAUCAGUUUGUGCUUCUUUACAUCUACUGAUUAUGUGUCAUGUGUACAUGCAAUACUAAGUAUGGGGAUAUCAUUGAUUUUGAUCCAACACCAAAUUCUCAAAAGUAUUAUAGGAGAAGUGUUCAGCAGACACUUAUGUGGAUAACUGAAUUGAGUUCUUAGGAGUGAAAGGAUUAAUAAGUGUACAUGUAAGUGAUGGAUUAAUCUUACCAACUGAAGUUAACUAAUAUUGUACCUUUUUCUGUUGCUAGUUGGAGACCAAAUUGAUAGAGCUUUACACUUGUCUCUUGCUGCCCUAUUGGGAAAUGAUAUUUACAACUUUGGAGAGUUGGUAAGUUAAUUGCACAAUGCAAAAUAAGUACACAAUGUUUUAGUGGUGCUCAGUGCUCCAAAUUCAAUUCUUUUUCUGUGGGCAGCUUACCAGUUAAGCAAGAAAAUGGUUUUAGAUGACAAAAUACAUGUAAUAGGAAAAGACACUCUAAGAAAUGCUGCACAACAGAUUGUGCUGCUGACAACACUUGUUCAUUUAAAUUAAUUGCCAAACUAUUGUCAUUUGGUUUGGUGGUGAAUGCCACACUGUUUGGUUUGAUACUCAGGCAACAUCUUGUGGCUACUGGUAAAAGCAACAAAUUAUAUUCACUAAGGAAGUAUUGCAUUUAAACUUGAGAGAAACAGUAAACACUCUGUAAUAAAAACUCUGUAACUUGGAACUUGAUCACAAAUUGUGGUCACUGAACAUGUGACAGUCACUGCAUCAAUAGUCACCAAACUUUUUUGUUCCUAUUACUCAUUAUGAACACCAAAAAGGUAACAGCUUGGAACACUGGCUGAACAUUUUUAAUAUGAAUAAUAUUUUAUAAACAAUUUUCAGCUGGCACAUCCAGUAUUACAAUCUCUUCAUGGAACAGAGCAUGGUUGGCUAAUAGAGCUUCUCUUUGCUUUUAAUAGCGGUGAGUAAAGCUAUGUUGCUUUACUAUGUAAAAUUUAACACAAGUAUACAUGUGCAUGUAGGGUGUUACUUUAAUUACAAUGCAUGUGGUACUGAAUUACGUCAAUGUAGGGGAUAAAAAUAAACAGUGCAGUUGUCAGGUGGGGCUAAAUAAGAAUUUUAUUGUACUAUUCAUGUACUAUCAUAUUACUGUCAAAGAUGAGCAAGUAAAAGUAGUUUACACCUUAGUCCCUAACAAUGACUACAUGUACAUAUAUGUAGCAUCCAAUUUCCCCAAACAAUGUCAUCCCUGAAUCAAACAUUAGGGUUACAAGAAUGAAGAACCUAAGGAAGUGUAUGGAAAACAAAGUGAAAAAUGUACAAACUGAUGUUAUGGUGUAAGGGGUAAAGAGUAUGGAUGAACUACAGUUCUAUAUUAUUUCAGGAAACAAGUUAAGUAAUGGUAAGCCCCCAAAUGCAAAUUUAGUGGAUGACUUCUAAAAAAUUUUUUCUUUGCAAUUCAAGUGGAGAUGAUAUCAUAUUUAUCUCAUCUUGACCAUUAAAUUUUAUCUUUUUGUAGGAGACAUAACACAGUUUGAACUCCUGAAACGUCACUGGCAAAAACAGGUACAGCCAAAAUGUGAAAAAAUUGUUCUUUGCAGAUGUAUUGUAGUUUGAUCUGAUUGUCUUUUAUUGUAACUACUGAUAUUCAACACACAUGUACACCUGUAGCUUGCAAUAUACUUUAUCUCCCUAGAACAGAGAACUUAUAUUAAAAGGUUACCGGUACAUUGUAUGCUGUUGCCUACAACAGAUUUGUUUCUUGUAAGGUUUUUUAUUCAAAAAUACUUCAGCAACUAUGUAGGGUAGCUUUACAUGUUGAUCAAUAAUCUAAAGUCAAUUACUGUCUUCGUUUUCCUAAACAGGCUGAUUUGAAUGCCAGUUACAAAAGCCUGCGACAGAAGAUCAGCCUGCUCUGUUUGAUGGAGGUCAGUUCUUAAUUCACUUCACAAAACAAUGUUUGUCAGUUACUGAUGGAUUUUAGCAUCCUCUUUACUAGCACACAAGCACAUGUGGCAGUACUGUACACAUAUAUUGUAGUGACAGUCAUCUUUUAUUAUAACAGCUCACGUUCAAAAGGCCCUCCAAUGACAGAAACCUCUCAUUUGAAAUGAUAUCAAAAGAAGCACAGCUACCUCUUGAAGAGGUGAGUAAAUGAACAGUAAUGCUGCUGACUGAAAGGUAAAUCUACCCUUGUCACUUUGGUCAUUUUUGAAAGUGCUCCAAAGUUUCUGACUUUUAGCAAGGGACUUUUGAUAAGUAGACAAACUUGGCUUUGAAAUUUAUUCCAGCUGGUCCCCUGUUCACCUGUAACAAUCGUUUUGUCACAAGUUAUCAACUACACGUGAAAUUUGGUUUGUUUCAUCUAAUUGAAAAUGGGAAACUGUUUAAAAGUGUAUGACAUUACCAUGUUUUCUUUAAGAGCAAAGGGUACAUGAACAGUACAGGUAGACAUUAAGUUAUUUUGGACCUCUCUCAAGAAUGAGUGCAAUGUUGAAAAAAUGUUUUUGCCUCAAGCCUUUUCAUUUUGCUUUCCUCCUGUAUCAGUUUAUCCUAUUUGUUCCCUUGGGUGAAAUAUUUAAGACUAAUUUCCAAAUGCAUGAUUCCAUAGUUGUGUUCAGUUUCCUUUUAGCCUACAAAGUUUAAGGAUGUUGAUAACAAUUCAUACAGUGUCUUCCCGCUUGAUUUCCAAACAAUGCCUUCUUAGGAAGCCUAUCUUAAGCUGCUACAGUCCAGACUGCUUUGAAACCUCUACCACUUCUCUGUGAAGGGUGUAAAGUGAUUUUUUAGAGAGAAAAAUGAAUGUCAAAAAGUUAACACAUGUAUAGAACCAGGGUGAAUUUAAAAUUAAGUUUGUGCCUUAGUUCCAAAGAUUCUCUCUUCCCUUUUUCCUGUUUCCCCAAGUCAGCCCUUUGUCAUCUCUGUGAGUGAGGAGAUUGAAUGCUAUGAACUUACAUACUUUGUUGACAUUCAAGGGCAUUGACUUAAAUCCUGUUCACUUUGUCUAUAACAGGUUGAACUUCUUGUUAUGAAAGCAUUAUCUCUUGGCUUAGUUAAAGGUGAGGGGUAUAGAAUAUGACUGUGCUUAGAGUCUUUGACAACUUUUCUACUUAUAGUCCAUGUAGGAGAGUUCUUGUGAUGUAUUUGAAUUCAACUUAGAAAGAAAGCAAAGGGAAAUUUUAAAAAAAUAUAGUUUUUAUCAGUUUCUUUGGUUUGUGUCCCUGUCAGCCUUGCAUUUGGGGAGAAGUUUUACAUUUGUAAUGAAUCACAUGAGUUUUCGUUAGCCUGUUGUUUCUUUCUUUACUUAACUUCAUUGGACGUACACAUGGAUUGCUUCCCCUUGUGUGUGUUUGCCCCUUUGACCAACUGAGAGUAAGCAUCAAACCUUCUUAAGAUUUAGUGACCUGUUAGGGGAAAUUAUAUUGGCUAUUGACCAUGACAGACAAUUCAACAAGGUCAGUUACCCAUUUUUGUACUUUACGGUAAGCUAGUCCCACUUUCUUUUCUUUGACAAACGAUCUGUUAUUCGUCACCAGGCUCGAUUGAUGAGGUUGAACAGAUGGUCCACAUGACUUGGGUGCAACCAAGGGUACUGGACCUAGCUCAGGUGAAUAAAAUAAUCCUUCAUAUAUUUAGUGCUGGUAUUUUUCGACGCUGAAGGGAACCUCCUUAGUGUAGCAACUUUCAUUAGCUUAUGCAAAACAGAUAACAUCACACGAAUGACAGGUAAUUGCUUUGCUGGAAACGAAUAGAAAACUUUUCAUAGUAAUACGUUUGAAGUAGAGACGAUCGUGUAGUGAAAUCAUUCUGAUGAGUACACAUGUAACCCGAAAGAGGUGAGGCUGUAAGAAUUUCCUUCCUGUAAAAUAGACAACAGGCUGGAAGCUACUUGUCGUGUAGUAAAUUAAUCCCAAAUUAUUUUUUUUCGUCUUGAAACUCGCUUCGAGCCUCGAUCCUCGAAGUUUUCGAAAAUCGUGUUUCGAGGGAACGUCAACUUACAUUUUAUGUACAAUUAAAAGGUGUUGUAUCUUAAAUCUGAGUGAGAGUCAUCAACAGAAUCAAUUAAAGCUUUUUCAGUCACAUGUUGUAGAGAUAUUGGUUUGUGAAAGCUUGUGUUGCUUGAUAUCUGCUGCUACUCAAAUAGCAAUCGUCAAUUGUGAUUGGUCAGUUUCGAUUCGUCGGCAAGGUGAGGUCGGUAUUUUUAAUACCAAUUAACUACUGUCCUGGACUCGUGUAGCUAUAUUAUGUGCCUUAAUAUUUCGCGAAGCAGGAAAGCUGCAUAUUUAUUGAAGCUGUUUUAUUUCGUUACAGAUUGCUCAUAUGAGAGAUCGAUUAUCGGAGUGGUGUGACAAGGUUAAGACUCAAGUCUACUCUGUUGAAGAUCAAGGCCCGGAGCUCCUUGUGUAA